AUGUGUGGGGCAAUACAGUCUACGUGGGUGUACACUUUGAUCCUCGUAGCUUGCGUGAAUGCCGCUGGCGCGUCGAUCACUUGCCCUUCUGGAUCUCACAAUGUGACCGCUUUAGAUCACUUUCAGACUCGAGGAGUGUAUGCCCAGUAUUACCCAAACUAUGUUGACACAAUUGCCAACGGUGAGCACAUCAUACCAAAACUAAGUGCUAUUCACUAUGAUCGUGUGGAACCCAUACUAAAUAUUGAAGGUCUCACCAAAAAUAACGCAGCUCUGAAGGGUGGCCUUCCGAAUCCUGAAUUAUUUCACUACUCUGCACCAAUCAUGGAAGAUAGAAUAUAUGCAAGAUUCUUGUUUCGGUUUAUCGCACCUUGCGACGGUGAGUAUAAAUUUCGAACAUCAGCUGACGACGGAGCCAUCUUGACAAUCAAUGGAGUCAGAGAAUCAUACGACUGGAGUGGUCAUCCCGAACAGCAAUUUUAUACAGAUAAAUUCACGUUCACCGCCGGGUCUGUGCGUUCAGUCAUGUUUGAGUAUUUUGAAGGAACGGGCCAUAUGGUUGUUCGGCUGCAGUGGAAACCCCCCGGUGCCUCGGAUUACUCGGUGGUGCCCAGUGAGUAUUUAGUCCCUGCCAUGGGUCCUGAGGUACUCGUCACCACGCACAACACGAUCACCAUCGACGGCAAAGCUGAAGUUCAGUACUUCGAGGCUCGCUUGUCGGAGAAACCGCUGCAGACUGUUUAUGUGGAUAUAGGCAACGAGGCCGGUGCCGACAUAUUUGGUGUUGACAAAUGCGUUCUUAUCUUCACCCCCGAGAAUUGGGAAACUCCUCAGACCGUGCACGUGGCGCCUAUUCUGGGUACAACGUCCACUCGUAAAGUGGAAGGCACUAUGUGGAUCACCUUGAAGCCGAGGUACAACAAAGAAAUUGCACCAGGUGGUGUGGCCGUGAUCGAUCCCGCGACCAGUCCUCAAUCGUCUGGCAGCAGGGCACAGUGUACCGGUUGGGGAGAUCCUCACUACACAAUGUUUGACGGCAAGAAGUUCGACCUUUACGAACAGGGUAUGUUCACUCUUGCACGUGAUUACACGGGAGACUUCGGCGUACAAACAUAUCUGAUUCCAUGCGAUGAAAUUGGUGCCAAAGUCACUUGCACAUAUCUUGGAUUCUUGGUCUACAAGGGAACCAAAAUUCAGUUCAGGAUGAAUCCGGGCGAAUCCCACGCGGACAUUUGGGAUCCCACAGUGUUCGUAGACAUCCUUGAAGACAACAACAACGGCGUAUCCAUGGUACGGAACAGCGAUAACAAUGUUGUGUUCAAUCUUCCCAACGGAAUGUCCGUCAAAUGCACCACUGGAUUUUAUAGAAAGGAACGGCAAGAUGGCAAUCACUGGAGAUACCUCAAUUUCUACAUAGAGGCACCCACAACCAUGUACGAAAAGCUCACCGGUAUGUGUGGGCUUUUCGAUGGAUCGUCUGACGGAGAAACGACCAAUCCUAGCGAGAUCGCCGACAAAUGGCUUGUUACAGACGAAUCGGAAUGGAUCAUCUAUGGGGAUCAGCAGCCCAUUUCCCCAACACCAACACCCCGACCCGACGACCCUACAGGUCCCACCAGCGGCUAUACCCCACCAAUCACUAUGGAUGCAUUUGAAUUCGCGGAUGGUUGUAACCCGAAUACAGCGCCUAAUGAACCCCUACCGUCAUCGGGUUCAGGGUCUCCGAUCACACCCAGAACACUGAACAGUACGUACGAGCCCAUCGAGGACCCAGAGCCUACCGACGAAGUUGUCAACGCGUGCAAAGAUAUUAUUAACAGUGGAGUCUGCGAAUCAAUGUCGGAUGAUGAUAUUCUAGGGUUUGUUGAAGGCUGUGCGAUUGAUACCACGCUUGCCGAGCUGGAUGUGCCACCCCCCGAAGCAGCGGAACCAUUCUUAGAAGCGUGCUCAUUCGAAGAGAAAAAGGAUGCUUGCAACCAGUGUACAUCGCUUCAGCAAUGCGACAUGGCCACUAAUACCUGUGUGACUGUGGCAUCCAGUUGUGGAGUUGGUUGUGGCGAAGCGAACGGGCACGGUACCUGUGAUGAAUCCAAUAGCGUAUGUGAUUGCACGGAGGAUUAUACGGGUAUACACUGUGAAUCCCCCCUAGAGCCCUGCAAGACUGACCCAUGCUUGAACGGGGGAAUUUGCUCGAAUGAAGCGCUUCAAACUACCUGCGAGUGUGUUGACGGCUACCAAGGUGUACGAUGUGAGCAGUCUCCAGCAUGCCAAAGCGCUGGGACGGAUGAAAGUACAGGUAAAGUGUACAAGCUGGAAGUAUAUACGGAAUGCAUAGCUUAGUAAACUCAUGCAGACAUUAUCAGCUGUGGACGUAUGCUCACCAUUAUGAAACGGAUAGUGAUAGAUAUAAGGCGACCCUGCCUGCUGUAGGCGUACACUUGCUGCUUUUGACUCUAUAGUGUAUUGUUCAGAAGAAACCUACAGCAGCAAGGUGAGUCUAUAUACAAGACAUGUAAAGUGAAUCGUCGGCAUCAGCACAGUGAGAUGCGUCGAGUGAGCGACAGGAUCUACACCGUGCUGGAGAUAAAGUUUUUCCCAGUAGAUGCAAUAGAGUACCUCGUGCAUAUACACCAGUUUGUGACGAGCCAACGCGGACAGGACAAUUCUUCCCGACGCUGCACGAAUUUCAAAGUAAGGCCUCAUGUACACAUAUUAGUAUUUCAUGAUCUGAAGCGAUAGGAUCCUGAUUUUACGUAGGCAAUUUUAAUACUCCUCUAUUUACAAAUAAAAUGACUCGACCUUCAAAUCGACAAGACAAUAUAGGCCAUACUCAGUCGAUACACCCACGCCGGUAGUUCAAUUUAGUUAUGAACGUGUAUAUGUACUGGUAAAUAUUAAAAUCAGUCGACGAAUUUAUCUGACGAGUUAUCUGCCUGCCUGGAUUGUUGUCAGGGAAGGUUGACGCCUGAGCUAUCCUCGACCGGUUGCUGGGCAGCCUGGGGCACAAAAUUCGAGAAGGCUCGAUAAAUAAAAACGGGUCAUAGCAAGACUAUGACGUCAAGAGAUCCGAAGAUUAGAGCGGACGUCGCCAUUGAGACCAACUGAUGAAGGCCAGAAAUGAGACAGACGAGUGGACGGACGACUGAUAUGCCGAAAAACCAAAAAGACAAAAGGCCAAAAAAAAGCUAAGUAAAGACCAAAGGCCCGAA